CUCUCCCUCUGCCUUAUAAAUUUUCUGUCUAAGCACUCUCUCCAUUCAGUCAUUCAUCUCCUGCCUCAUCCCAAACCAGAGAGAGAUAAAUCUUUUUUUUUUUUUCUGUUUCCGUUGAAGCAUUCAGACAACCAUGGCGAAGAAGCCGAGAAUCGUAAUAAUUGGGGCCGGGAUGGCCGGUCUCACGGCGGCCAACAAGAUCUACACGAGCUCCAGCGACAUGUUCGAGCUCUCCGUCGUAGAGGGCGGCUCCAGAAUCGGUGGAAGGAUCAAUACCUCCGAGUUCUCCGGAGAGAGGAUCGAGAUGGGCGCCACGUGGAUCCAUGGGAUUGGCGGGAGCCCUGGGAUGGGCGGGAGCCCUGUCUACAGAAUCGCCCGCGAUACCGGGUCCCUGGUCUCCGACGAGCCGUGGGAGGAUAUGGAUUCCACCAUUGAUAAGCCCAGGACCUUCGCAGAAGGUGGAUUCGAGCUCGAGCCCUCGAUUCUAGAACCCAUCUCGGGUUUGUUCAAGGCUUUGAUGGGUUUAGUUCAGGGGAGGGAGAUUGUUGAAGACGACGGCGAUUUGGGAUGUGGAGCUGAUGUUUACGAUAUUGUUGCCACUAGGGUUUGUUCUUCUCGUAAUGGAAGUGUGAGGAGUGUUGGGUCUUUCUUGAAAUCAGGGUUCGAUGCUUACUGGGAUGCUCUGGGAAACAGAGAAGAGGUCAAAGGGUAUGGGAAUUGGAGCAGAAAGUCACUCCAAGAAGCCAUUUUCGCCAUGUUUAGCAACACGCAGAGAACUGACGCCUCUGCGGAUGAUCUCUGUACUCUCGAUUUCGCAGCAGAAAGCGAAUACCAGAUGUUUCCUGGUGAAGAAAUCACCAUUGCCAAAGGCUAUCUCAGUGUAAUCAAUCAUUUGGCCUCUGUUCUUCCUCAGGGUCUGAUCCAGUUGAACCGGCAAGUCACCAAGAUCGACUGGCAGACUGGCGAGGUGGCAUCUGACGAUUCAAAAACCAUCGUGGGGAAUGGAUUCGAUGAUCAUCGACCCGUUAAACUGUAUUUCUCCGAUGGGUCGGUUCUUGUGGCCGAUCAUGUCAUAGUCACUGUCUCUUUGGGUGUGCUUAAAGCCGGUGUUUCGUGUGAACAAGGCAUGUUCAGUCCUCCUUUGCCCGAUUUCAAGGUCGAGGCCAUCAAAAGGCUCGGCUUUGGGGUUGUCAACAAACUGUUCAUCGAAAUGAUGCAAAGAGAUUUCCCUUCUCUGCAACUGGUGUUCGACCGUGCAGAUUCAGAGUUCAGGUUCAAGAAAAUCCCAUGGUGGAUGAGAAGAACAGCCACCAUAUCUCCAAUCCACAGCAAUUCCAAGGUUUUGCUCUCAUGGUUUGCAGGCAAGGAAGCACUCGAGCUCGAGAAACUAACAGACGAAGAAAUCAUCAACGGUGUUUCGACUGCAAUCACUUGCUUGACAGGCAAGGAAGCCAAGAGAAACACAUCGAAAAAGCUGGGUUCUUUGUGCAAUGGAAAUGCCAAUGCGAAAUUCACUAGGGUCCUGAAGAGCGCAUGGGGGAGUGAUCCUCUGUUUCUAGGUUCAUACUCAUAUGUUGCGGUCGGAUCAAGCGGGGAUGAUCUGGACUCCAUGGCCGAGCCACUGCCAAAGAUCGAAAAGGCCGGUGAAGGCAAUUCGGAUUCAGAGCGAGCUAGGGUUCAUAAGCUCCAGAUUCUGUUUGCAGGGGAAGCAACGCAUAGAACCCAUUACUCCACAACUCAUGGGGCUUAUUGCAGCGGUCUUAGAGAAGCAAAUAGGCUUCUUGAGCAUUACAAAUGUACCAGUUGCUAAUCCAAGAAUUGGCUCGACGAUUUUUAGAAAGCUUAGUUUUAAAAAAAAAAUAUUGUUUUAAAAUUUUUGGGUUUCUUUCAGCUUUCUAAAUCACAACCAUUUAAUAAUCUAAAAAAAUAUUUCUUUUCUUUUUUGUGAAAAUGAUUUAUCAACGAGAGGGGACAGAGAAAGAGGAAAGAUGAAUGGGGAGAGAUACGGAUAGAUCAUCCUUUAGCAUUUCUGUUUCUUCUUCAACCUUUUAUUUUUUUAUUUUUUUAUUUUUUUAUUUUUUUAUUUUUUGCUUGUGGAUGUCGUAGCAAUAUAAAACGCGUGGGUUUCAUAU